UUUCCAGUCACCCCACUUGUGGCAGUCAAGUCCUAACUCCAAAAUCCCAGUUAUAAUCCCAGUUGUGGAACAAUCUCUCAAAUAUCUCGAAGUAUCUUAUUAAACCCUCUGAGACCAUGGCACCUCGUGUUCCGUAUACCUGGCGUCUGCCAGACUUUCCCGGCGAUGGCAGCGACCUCAAGUGGAUAGAUCCCAGCCUGCUGGUCAUCUGCCAGAAUGCCGAUGUGGAUGCCGCCAUCCAGCCCCUGUUGCAGACACUCAAGCAACCGUUUGCCCCCCGAUUGGUGGCCAGUGUCUUCUGCCACGAGACGAUGCGUGAGGUGUUCAAGAAACGGGUUGUGGCCUCCAUGGAGCUGCUGCAUCGCCAUGCCGGCAAUCAUUCCCAGUACAAGAAGGCCUGUCGCAUGAUCGAAUGCCUCAACGCCGAGGUGAUCUGUGUCCUUUACUCGGACUACAUCGGUUUCCAUUGGCAGCGGGCCGACGGCUCGCCGGUCAUUGUCUGCGAGUUCGACCAGAGCUUCUUCGGCGGCCAGAGGCCCACCUCGGUCGUCACCCUGCACACGUUCCGCAAUGUCCAGGAACUCCCGCAACUGGUGGCCCGGGAGCGUAUACCGUUCGUCAGUGCCGCCGUCUGGUGUCCCAAGAUGUCGGCCGCCUACGAGACCGCCUUCAAGCUCGGCUUGGACGUGGUCUACAUCAACUGUCACUCGAUUCCGCUGGUCCCCAUCAUGGAGUUCUUUCUGGCCCAGCAGGCGCAUGUUAUCCUGGCCAAUCACCACCACUAUGAGGUUGUGCGCCACGAGGACAAGUGCCGACUCAUUGUCUUUCCGGCCGUUGUCCUCUGGUGCCCUGCCGAGCCGCCACAGCCGGAGCCCGCGAAGAGGAAGUCAGACCAGGGCAAGGGUGCAAAAAUUGCAGAGUCCUAGACCCUAGUGUAAAUAAAAUUUUAAAUGCUUUUUUUAAAGGA